UUACGGCUUCCAUUUGCUCAGAUGAACGACGAUGCUGUUACUCUUCUCUACCUUCCAAACGAAAUUCUAUGUCUAAUUCUAGAACGACUGGAUCCUAUUAGCCUUAUCAGCUGCAUAAAGGUUUGCCGAAAACUCAAUCUACUUGCCAAAGAAUCCCAUAUAUACGACUACAAAACUCGCUUGGCUUUGUCAAACCUCGAAGAAAUCCCUGUCGACCGCUCUGUCGGCACCCUGACUCGUCUUCAACGUCUGGAAAGACAUCAGAAAGCUUGGGAUACAUUCAUCUGGAGUACUUCAGAAAAAUGCAACCUUGAUUCUGUGCGGUCCUGGGAUCUCGCAGGAGGCGUUCUUGCAUUUGGAGAACCUGACAAUGUCUUUAGAUUCAUCCAACUCCCUUCUAGUCACCGCGGGAUCGAAAGGAAGGAAUGGAACUUCCGUCUAGAUUUUGGCUCGGACACCAUCGAGGACUUUACUAUCGAUCCUUCAAGAAAUCUUCUUGUUGUGUUGACCAAACGGACGAUUGGGUGCGAAUUUUUGUCCGUUCUAAGAUGCUACUCAAACAACUAGAAUCUAGGGAGAAAUCAUCGAUCGAUGCCCAUAUCUUGAGCCUGGAUGAUGGGAGACCUCAUACAUGCGCGAAUACGCCAACACUUUGUACCCGAGGCCAGAUUGACAAUGUUGAUUGGGACUAUGAUAUCCGCUCCUUUGGGAGCCAUGUCGGAAUAAUAUGUACACCCUCAAAUUCGUUUGACUCUCAGCUCAGUAUGUGGAAUUGGGAAACAGGAAACCUUAUACGACGCGUAUCCCAAGUGGACAGUUUUGCAUUCCUCACAGAAAAUUUGAUCGUUUACGCACCGAUAGAAGAAGAAGGCACCCUAGGCCGCCGUUUGAUCGUACUGGACUUGGUCCUUUAUCCGCUGGUGAAACUCGAGCUACCCUCUUUUACCAAGUGGUCCGAAAUCUGCAUUCAUUCGGAGUCACCACCCACUCGAUUUGAAUAUUUACCGAAUCACCAACAAGUACCUUUCCGUGUGUCGCGACAAGACAGGCUAUUUGCGGUGGGCUGUCGAAUGUGGGAUAACAGUCAUAUGGAUAUGGUAAUAUUCGUUCCUCUUUCUACACUACUGUCCCAUGUAGAGAAAGCUAGGAUAAGCGCCCUUGUCACGGUGUUGGAAUGGAAAAGUUGGGGACCAACCGCUACAAGAACCCUUCCCUUCGAUUUUCCGGAUAUCUGGGUCUGCUAUAUCCACGGACUUCGAGCCGCAGUUCUCAAUCGAAACACGUCCUCACUGUCGGGAGUUUGUUUUGAUAUAUACGACCUGAACCCGCUUCUUGACAGGCAACGGGAGGACUCGCAAGAAGCAUCAAAUUCUGCAGGUCGCGAACCGCGUCGUGCCAUCUCGGGACAUCUUCCGGAUAUCUCGCCUUCUUCCCUCAUGUUGAGCGAAGAUGCGUUGCUCGUUGUUUCGGGAGACGAGACAGAAAUUACUGUCUACUCGUUUUAAACAUAUGUGAAAGUUUGCGGGGUCAUUAUGAAUAUUUACGUAUAAACGUCAAAUAUAGCUUCAGGGUGAUUCGGUU